AUGUUGUUAAAUCCACCAUCCCAGACCACCACCGCCACUGCCGGCGACGAUGAAGACACAAACCCACCAAUGGAUUUCACCGAAAACAACUCUUUAACCUACCUAGCCGCUGGUAAUCCUUGUUUAGAUUUUUUCUUCCAUAUAGCCCCCAACACACCAUCCGAAGAUCUCACUGAACGCCUUCUACUCUCAUGGAAGCACAACCAAUUAACAACCCUGAAGCUUAUAUGCAAUCUGAGAGGUGUUCGAAGUACCGGAAAGUCCGAUAAGGAAAAUUUCUACACUGCUGCACUUUGGCUUCACAAACACCAUCCCAAAACCCUAGCCUGCAAUCUUGACAUUUUUGCCGAUUUUGGGUAUUUCAAGGAUUUGCCUGAAAUUCUUUUUCGAAUUCUUGAAGGCCCUGAUGUUCGGUCCAUUGCGAAGAGUGAAUGGGACAGUAAAAAGAAGGGUAAAGGAGGGAGUAGAGGUUUGUGUUUUUUUGGGAAGAAGAGAGUCCAUGGAGCGAAAUCUAGAAAGGGACAUAAAAAAGAGGUAGAGAAGAAGAGGAGUUUGAGGGCUAGAAUACCAAGAGACAAAAGGGUGGAGGCAAAUAUGGAGAAAGUGAAGGAGGAGAGAGAGAAAGCUAGAGAUCUGAGGGAGAAAACAGAGGUUGCCCAGGCCAAAAAGGCCUUCGAAAGGUACACUCGAGACCCAGAUUAUAGAUUCUUGCAUGAUCAGAUUUCAAAUCUUUUUGCCGAGCGUUUGAAAUCUGACAAUCAGUAUCUGAAUUCCGGUGAGACUAAAAAACUCAGGCUUGCGGCAAAAUGGUGUCGAACGAUUGAUUCAUCUUAUGAUAAUUCCAUUUUGAUCUGCGAAAACAUUGCUAGAAGAUUGUUUUCCCGGGAGGACUAUAUCGAAUACCAAGAAAUUGAAGAGGAACAUUAUGCUUAUAGGGUUAGAGAUAGAUUGAGGAAGGAAGUUCUAGUUCCUCUUCAUAAGGUUUUGGAGCUACCGGAGGUGUAUAUGAGUGCUAAACAAUGGGAGACAAUUCCAUACAACCGUGUUGCUUCAGUGGCGAUGAAGAAUUACAAGGAAAUCUUUUUGCGCCAUGACAACGAGCGGUUUAAGGAGUAUCUUGAAAAUGUGAAGUGUGGUGAGGCUACUAUUGCAGCCGGAGCAUUNACCGUGUUGCUUCAGUGGCGAUGA